AUGAAUAAAUUUCAAAGAGACAACUGGAGGAAGUACUCCCUUAAGUUUACAGUAAAGGAUGGUGAGCUGUUUUACUGGCGUGGCAUGACUGUGAUGAUUGACAAUUGGAUUGCUGAGUGUGACCAAUGUCAACGUGAGGGAAAGACUCUGGGUACAGUUGCACCACUCCAAACAAUAAAGGUGUCUGCUGUUUGGGAGCUGCUGGGGAUUGACCUAACUGGGCCCUUCCCCAAAACUACUGAUGGCUAUCAGUACAUAUUUACAGCCACUGAUUAUUUUUCAAAGCAUGGGUGCCCGAAACGGAUCCUGUCUGAUCAAGGGCGGGAUUUUGUAAAUGAGCUCAAUGAUUCUCUGUGCUCUCUGCUGGGCAUUGAGAGAAGCGUCACCGCUGCGUACCACCCACAGACUAAUGGGUUGGACGAAAAGACCAACCACAACAUCAAGAGAGCUUUGAUGAAGUCAAAGGUGCACAUCUCAACCAAACACACCCCAUUCCAGUUGAUGUAUGGGCGGGAGGCUGUGUUCCCCUCAGAGGUGCCUGUAGAUUAUCCUCAGGUGGGGGACCAUGACUGUCACCCCCUGCAGGACACUCUGCUCUGGAGAGCAGCUUCAAUUCACCAGGACACUGCCAAAUGUGACAGCUACACACCAAUGGAACUUGAGAGUGAGAAGGCGCUUGACAUACAAACAGAACAGAGCAAUGAGGGUAUGCCCCAUUGGGCAGUCUUUAUUCAAAGUUCCAACCCAAAGUACAACAAAGGAAAGCAAACAGCAAAGCCAACACUUGAGGCUGACCAGGACAGAAAGCCAACGCACUGGCCUUCAGGAUCUGUGAACUCUUCGCGUAUCCUGAGCACAUCACAUGCAGGAAUGACCUGGCUCCCAGUCGUCCCGAGCACCAGCUAA